AUGGCGUUUUUCAUUGAUGGAAAGGACUGCAUGAUCUCGGAAUGGAUCUUGCUGGCAGCCUCUUAUGUCUUCGUCGGUCUUCGAAUCUAUGCGCGUCUCUUCCGUGCGCGUGAGAAGUUGACUUGGUCCGAUUACCUGCUCCUUCUAUCCGCCGUCGAUGCUCUCGCCCUCAUCAUCUGUGAUACUCUGACCUUCCAGAUGGGUGUCAUGGAUGAGUAUGAGACGUCUGUCAAGCUCUCCAAGAUCUCAUUCGCAUCCAACUACUUUUACGAUGUCGGUAUGGGCUUCCCCAAGAUGAGCAUGCUCGCGUUCUACUGGGCCUACUUUCUCCCCUCCACCGGCAUGAGUUCCGGUAUGCGAAAGGCUCUAUAUGGCAUCACUGCUUUUGUUUGUGCAUCAUACAUGGCGAUCCUUUGGGAUGAUACUUUCUUCUGUGGAAAGGAUGUUUCGGUUCAAUGGUCUCAGGAGGAGGGUGCCUGCAGUGUCUUUUAUGCACCAGAGCCCUUCAUUCUUAACUUUACACUGAACUUGGCCUGUUAUCUUGCUGUCUACGCCCUCCCUCUCAUCCUGCUGGUCCAGGGUGUUCUCCAGCCUUCCAAGGGUGUCACUGCUACCUUUGUCCUUGGAGCUCUGACUAUCUGCAUCACCAUUGUGCGAUUUGUCACUCUCAAGGUUGGCACUGGCCAAGAGAAUCUUGUUUACCCCAUGAGUAUGCUUGAGAUGGCGCUUGCUAUUACUGUUGUCGCGCUACCAGGCUUGAAGCCACUUGUGGAUCGCUCCCCAAAGCAUGAGACGAGGAGCGAGGUGAUUGAGAUCAAGAACUAA